UAAAUCUCUUAAAUUACCGUUUCUAUAACGUUCACGUGCUCACUUUAUAAUCACAUAAAUAAUUACACACAAUUCUUAUUAAACAUUUAUAUUAUAUUUUCUUCGGACCCACCAAAAAAAAAAAAAAAAAAAACAAACGUAAGUGGUCCCAAAAAAUCCGAAAUAAAUGCAGAAAUAAGAAUUGACAAGUGGUGAGAUUUGGUUGGACAAUUAGGGUGCAUGGAGAGCUUUCAUGCUCGGCAAUCCACCAUACAAUUCCUCUGUUCGUCACUGUGCCUCUGACUCUUAGGAAGCCCUUCACAGUCGUUUUCCGAAAAUGUCCCUUACCUUCUGUAUCAAAUCCCAACUGAAAGUCUGCCUUCUCACUCAUCCGUGAUUACAUUCAUUCAUUUCGUUUGUUCAUUCAUUCAUUCAUACGGCAUCGGAUUCUGAUGUCAGAGACCUGCAAUUCUCGCCAUUUCUCAUGGCUUAUGAAAUCUUGCUUCCCCAAUCCCAACGACAACAAUUCCGCCGUCGUUUCCCUCCACCACCACCAUUGUUCAGUCACUACUCUCUCUUCUCUCCCCGAUGACCUCCUCCUUGAGUGCCUCUCAAGAGUCGAUUCCUCUUCCAUCCCUUCCCUCUCCCUCGUCUGCCGCCGAUGGGCCAAGCUCCUCCUCUCUCCGGUCUUCUUCAACUUCCGCCGCCACCACGGACGUCUUCAGCACGCUUUGUUCGCUGUUUCAGCUGCUGAUUCUGCUCUCUUCGCCGCAACUCUGCGGUUCGAUACCGAUUCAAUCUGGAAAGUCUCUGUCUUUCUCGCCGAUAACGACGCCGUUUCUCCUCCCACUUUCCAUGGAUUCCCCUCCCACGCGAGGCUCUCUGCUAUUGGCCCUAGGAUUUACAUCAUUGGCCGCAAUGCCACCCUCCGGUAUGACACAUGGACCGGCAAGGUCACCGGAAGGUCGCCGAUGAUGUUCUCCCGAAAGAAAUUCGCCGCCGCAGCGGUUUCCGGCAAGAUUUACGUCGCCGGUGGUGGGCCUAAGAUAACGGCCGUGGAGGAGUACGAUCCGGAGGAGGACAAGUGGGUGGUGGUCACUCACGCCACGAGGAGUCGAUACGGAUGCAUCGGUGCUUCGGUUGAUGGUGUGUUCUACGUGAUAGGAGGUUUGAAACUAGGCGCGUCGGGUAACGAACUGUCACGCGCCGCCACCACUGGGGCGGAGGCUCACUUGUACGCGAGCUCCAUGGACUUGUUCGACGUGGAAGCACGAGAGUGGCUGAGGAGCCGAGCGGUUCCGGGCGGAGGCUGCGUGGUGGCAGCGUGCGCAGCCGGUGGAUACAUCUACGUGCUGGCGAGCCACGCGGUGGAGCUUUCCUUAUGGAGGUUCGACGCCAGGAGAAAAAUGGGUGCCUCCGGAGGAUUCGGGGAGUGGUGUAGGAUAAGCAGUCCGCCACUGCCGGCGCAGAUUAGGGUGGACAGCACGGUGAGGUUCACCUGUGUAGGUGUGGGAGAGAAAGUGGUGUUGGUCCAGGUGAGUGGGUGUAUCGACGACUUGUUGAGGAGGAGUGGGAGGUUCGCCAGAGGAUUGAAGGAAGGCUUGGUUCUGGUAUACGAUCCGGUGGCCGGAGAGUGGAGCAGAUUGGCGAAUCUGCCGGAGAUGAUACGACGCGCCGCUUGUGUCUGUGCGGAGUGCUAAGAUGUUGUAUAUUGGUUUUUGGUACAUGUUUAGGGAAAACUCGAAUGAUUGUUCUAACAUGCGCUUGUAGUGAAACGAGCAGACAGUGAUGAUGGUGGUUGAACGUGGUUGCUUAUCUUUGACCUUUGGAAGAGGAGGUGUGCGACGGUGUCGUUUUAUGUCAGUUUUCCUUGGGGACUGGGUCCAAGAGCCAAUUUAUUGGCCCACUUUCAUUGUGAAAAAAGAUUUUUGCUUUACGGCUUUGAUAUUAUUUUAUUAUUUGGUCUGUUUGGCAUCUGAGAUUUUCACAAAACUUGAACAUAGAAUUUCUUAUUUCUUA